AAGAUUCAAAGAGCACUGAGCAAGACACAAUGGGUAAUGAUCGCAAUGUGAAGAACGCUGUCAUAGCAUUCUUGGUUCCUCUUCCCUCAAUCAUCUUCUAUCUCUCAUUCCUCAACAACUAUGACUCAGCAAUUGCCUCUGGGGUUGACCCAAAGUUUCAAUCUUUUUGGUCAACUUCAUUGUGGGCAUGGUGCUAUCACCACCCUCUGCUAUUAGCCAAUGCUAUUUUCUUCUUCAACGUCAAUGUCCUCUUCUGGAUUAUAGGCCAAAUCCAGAAUACUCAUUGGAUGAUUGACCCUUAUUGGACAGUGAUACCUGUGAUGCUUGUUCAUUACUAUGCAACUCACCCUUUGGCUCAAUAUGAUUGGUGGAGGUCCAAAAUUGUGAUCUUCUUGACUUGGGUGUGGAGUAUUAGGCUCACACAUAACUACUUCAGGAGAGAAAGGUGGCAAUGGGGUGCUAGGGAGGAUUGGCGUUUCACUGAGAUGAGCAAACAGUAUGGACAGCAAUGGUGGUGGGUUUCCUUCUUUGCUGUUUAUGUCUCCCAGCAGAUGUUUUUGAUUGGAUUGUCCCUUCCCUUGUAUGUUGUCCACUCUGUCAAUAAGCCUUUGAGCAUCUGGGACUUGGUAGCUAUUGUUGUCUGUUUAUGUGGCAUUGUCAUAGCAUACUUUGCUGAUACACAGCUCUAUGGUUUUGUGAGUAGAAACAACAAGUUAAAAGGGCUUGGUAAACGCCCUGUCCCUGUUCUUGACAAUGGCUUAUGGUAUUAUUGCCGGCAUCCGAAUUACAUUGGUGAGCAGCUUUGGUGGUGGGGACUAGUUGUAUUUGCAUGGAGCCUGGGACAUGGAUGGACCUUCAUUGGAGCAUUGGUUAAUACCAUGUGUUUGGCUUAUGUGACUAAGCUUGUGGAGGACCGAAUGCUGAAACAAGAAAGUAGAGCAGAGGCAUUUAGGCUGUAUCAGAAGACAACUUCUGUCUGGGUACCUUGGUUCAAGUCCUCUCCUUCUGGAGUAAAAAAUAAGAAUGCUUGAUGUUUUUCUUUUUACAAUGGUUGGUUUUGUAAAAUUAUCAUCUUGAUAUCUUAUAAGUCUUGCUUUGUUCUUCGUUGUUUAUUUAAUGGAAUCAUGAAUUGUAAGUGUUCUAGACAUGUAGGUCGCUGUGAUAUUGUAUAAAAUC